CUCAAACCUUCCUAUUACAGAAGAGCAGUGUAAUUUGUACAUUUCUCCUCGCCCAUCCCUUCCACCCCCACUUUCGUUAUUUGCACAUUUCUCUGCUACUAGGCUUUAAGCUAGUUUCGGAACUCUCUAUCUCUCUAAUGGCGGAUGAGAGUAUGGCUUCCCAUAGAAGAGACCCUAUCAAGUCCUCGGUUGCCACUGUUGCGGGACAGCGAAGGCGGCAGCAAGCAGUUUCUAUAGGAAAGGAAAGAAGAGAGUUGCUAGUGCGUGCGAAGCGCUUGUGCAGAGUGGGGAUUAGCGGAGAUAGUGAUGAUACGGUUGAGAGUGAAAUGAUCAUUGAUGAAGAGCAAUCCAUCUUGGAGGCUCAAACUUCUUCAGCAGUGGAAGGGUUGAAGUCUGCGGUUGCAUAUCAGGGAAAAGGUGCAUUGGAAAAGAGGGUGAGUGCCCUUCGUGAACUCAGACGCUUACUGUCAAGAUCAGAAUUCCCUCCUGUUGAAGCUGCCCUUAAAGCUGGAGUAAUACCUUUAUUAGUGCAAUGUCUUUCAUUUGGCUCUCAAGACGAGCAGUUGCUUGAGGCGGCUUGGUGCCUCACGAACAUAGCAGCAGGGAAACCUGAGGAAACAAAAGCUUUGUUGCCCGCUUUACCAUUGCUUAUUGCUCAUCUUGGAGAAAAAAGUUCCCUGCCUGUUGCUGAGCAAUGUGCAUGGGCAUUGGGAAACGUUGCUGGUGAAGGGGAAGAGCUGAGAAGUAUUUUGCUAUCUCAAGGUGCAUUACUACCUCUUGCAAGAAUGAUGCUUCCAAACAAGGGUUCAACUGUGCGAACAGCUGCUUGGGCACUAUCAAACCUAAUCAAGGGACCUAAUCCAAAGGCUGCAACGGAGCUCAUUAGAGUUGAUGGGGUAUUGGAUGCACUUAUUCGACACUUGAGAAAAGCAGAUGAUGAGUUAGCAACUGAAGUAGCAUGGGUGGUUGUGUAUCUCUCAGCCCUUUCAAAUCUUGCCACCAGUAUCCUAGUGAAGAGUGAUGUCCUUCAACUGCUUGUGGAGAGAUUGGCAACAUCCAAUAGUUUGCAGUUGCUUAUUCCGGUGCUAAGAAGUUUAGGUAACCUUAUAGCUGGUGAUUCACAGACAACCCAAGCUCUUAUCGUUCCUGCGCAUGAAAUCACAGGAAACAUAAUUGAAGUCCUGGUGAAAUGCUUGAAUAGUGAGCACCGGGUCCUGAAGAAGGAAGCAGCUUGGGUGCUAUCUAAUAUAGCGGCUGGUUCUGUAGAGCACAAGCAGUUAAUAUAUUCAAGUGAUGCGGUGCCAGUGCUAUUACGCCUCCUUUCCACAGCCCCAUUUGAUAUAAGAAAGGAAGUAGCAUAUGUACUAGGCAACCUCUGUGUUCUUCCUAUUUCACCUACAGAAUGUGAUGGAAAACCGAACUUUAUUCUGGAGCACUUGGUUUCACUUGUUGGUCGAGGAUGCCUUGCUGGUUUCAUUGAUUUGGUUAACUCUGCUGAUAUUGAAGCUGCAAGACUUGGGCUACAAUUCACGGAACUGGUUUUGAGAGGGAUGCCGAACGGUGAGGGCCCAAAGCUUGUUGAGAAAGAAAAUGGGAUCGAAGCGAUGGAAAGAUUUCAGUUUCAUGAAAACGAGGACUUGCGAAAUAUGGCGAAUAGUCUGAUGGAUAAGUACUUUGGGGAGGACUAUGGGCUAGAUGAAUAGGCAGACUGAUGCAUGGGGUUUCCAACGAUUCUUAUCUUGCAUCUUUCCAUGCUUGUAUGCCAUGGAUGAUGAAUUGUUGUAAGAGAUGUAAAGUUUUGAUGAUGAAGGGGUUUCUCGUUAAAUAUGAGGAAAACGAUUACAAUUUAUGAUUUA